UACCCCCGAGUUAAGAGACUUAAGAGACGGCACAGGCUAUACCGAUAACGGAGCGCGAAUCGGCUUCGAUCCCUUCAGUCUCCAUAUACUACUCCAUUAUACUCCGUCCACGCCCAACGAUGGCGUAACAAUGGCGUAUCGCGCCAUAUAAAAUAAGUAUAUUCUAGAUAAAACUACUUAUCUACUAACAGUUACUAGUAAGUCAGCUUCAAAUACAAAGCUACAUGCCCUCCGAACUGCAAAAGUACUACAUAUCUUUACCCCGCUGCUGUACCGAAAUCAUAGACACUUACACGUAGCUAAGGUGGUAUCAGUGGAGUAUUGCGUGCGCCCUUGGUUGAGCUCGAGGGAUAGCUAUCAUACUUAUUUUCUAAAUUAAUACUACAUAUACUAUAUCUUUUCAGCGUCUUCAUGCCUUGUUUAUAGCGUUCAGUACCAUAUUUACGUACUUGAAGCCUGUACCGAAAGUCCAUUCAUAUUAACCAACCAAAUUUCCUUAGUGGGGAUAAAGGAAAUAAACGGAUAUAUACCUAGAGACAUAGGAAGAAAGCGUGGCCAUGGCUGGAGAAGAGAUAAGCAAUGUCUCUGUACAGGAGCCUGCCAACCCGGGACUCGUUGAGGGCGUUGCCCACGAGAACCCUGUGGUGACGAGCGAUGCGGCAGGCAAUGAGCAGGAGGCAGCGGUUUUAGCAACCAAAUUCCAACAUCUGUCGUUAUCGGCGCAGACUAUCCACGCAGACGACUACCUCAAUUCUCAUCAAUCUGUUGCCCCGCCUAUGCAUGUCUCGACUACUUUCCGAUAUAACGACGACCCAGAUAAGUUAAACCCAUGGGCUAAUAUCAACCCAAACAACCCCUACGACUCCCAUGUCUACUCCCGAGACUCCGCCCCCAAUACCAGCCGUCUCGAAGCCGUCCUUACCUCGAUCCUCCACGGACCUUCGCUAACCUACAGCUCCGGACUCUCCUCCUUCCACGCGUUGCUAGUAUACCUCAACCCCCGCCGCGUCGCCAUCGCAGGCGGAUACCACGGGUGUCACGGCGUCAUCCAAGUCCUCACCAAACUCACCGGUCUACAAACCCUAUCCCUCUUCGACAAAGAUCUAGAAUCGAAAAUACAACCAGGGGAUGUGGUGCACGUGGAAACACCCUUAAACCCUACGGGAGAAGCGCGGAGUUUGAAAUACUUUGCGGAUAUCGCGCAUAAGAGAGGCGCGUACUUAACGGUCGAUGCUACGUUCGCGCCCCCGCCGUUACAGGAUCCGUUUUUGUUCGGCGCGGAUGUGAUUAUGCAUUCCGGAACUAAGUAUUUUGGUGGACAUAGUGAUAUGUUAUGCGGUGUGCUUGCUGUUAAUCCUAAACACGCAACCGGAGAGAAAAACUGGAUUAAAGGUUUACGCGAGGAACGACUGGUUCUGGGUAGCGUGAUGGGUAGUUUUGAGGGGUGGCUUGGUGUGAGGAGCCUGCGAACGCUGGAGGUUAGGGUUAGGAAGCAGAGUGUGGAUGCGGAGAAAUUGGUUAGGUGGUUGGCGAGCCAGGCGGAGAAGGAUGGGACGUUGGUAAAUGAGGCGGUGGCUGAGAUUAAACAUGCUAGUUUGCAAAAGAAAGAUUUGGAGGAGGGUUGGUUGAAGGAGCAGAUGCCGAAUGGCUUUGGACCCGUGUUUGCGGUAUACUUGCGCGAUGCAGAUGAGGCGAGGCGAUUGCCGAGUAAGCUCGCGCUGUUCCAUCAUGCGACGAGUUUAGGUGGUGUGGAAAGUUUGGUUGAGUGGCGUGCUAUGACGGAUGCUGGUGUUGAUAAGAGACUACUUAGGUUCAGUAUUGGGUUAGAGGGUUUUGAAGACUUGAGGGAUGAUUUGAUCAAAGGAUUUGAGGCUUUGAAGAAAGAGAGAAAGGCAAAAGAGAAUGCUGGUGGUGGUGCGAAUAUUAUUGGAGGAGCGUGAUGUUGUAGACGAUGAGAGCAGUC